AUGAAUACCAAUGACUCUAAUCACUCUAAUCACCGGAAGGAAGGAAAGAAGGAAGUAUGGAGCGACAAGAGGCACGCAGGUCUGGUGAACUUCCUCUUAUUUCACCUCCCUUCAAUCGCCGUCACCAUCAGUCUCUUCUGUCUCUAUCUACGUGAGGUGACAUGGAAACCUCCUGGACCAGGCUCCGAGGUCCUCGGCAUACUUCAGUUCGCAGCCAAGGCGCACGAAGGGUUGAUCGUCGUCUCGCUGAGCGACAUUCUUCUUCACCGUGUUCGAUGGGGCCUCUUGGGCCAGGAAGGAGUCCCCCUAGGCUUCCUCUCCUCGGCGCAUCAUCUGCCUGCUCCUUUACUCUAUUUAUUCAGCUGGGAGUUCUGGGGCACGGUCGUCUAUCCAGUCAGCAACAAAGUAUCGCAUUUCAUCAGCGUCGCUGCGAUAAUCUUGCUCACACUCAUCGGAAUCGGUGCAGCUCCAACGUCGGCAGUCACGAUGAUCCCCCGAGAAUUUUGGCAGCCUGUCAAGAUUACCACUUCUUCAGAUCAGAUCGCCUCCAGUCUAAAUCUGACGCAUUUCGGGGCUGAUUUGGGAACUCUGUACUUGAACAACAGUAUAUAUAAAAUGACUCUUGGGAGCGGCGAGGAAGAUGCGCCUCUUGGUUCCGGCGACUGUCUGUCUGCACUUGCACUCGGUGAAGAGACUGGGUGUUUCGAUGUCAGUCCCAUGAUGCAGAAUUUCUGGGCCUCGAUCACGCUGCUUCCCGGCAACACUCGCUCGCAAACAAGCAUCCCAGUGACCCGGCUGGGCCGAUGGGCUCCGUUCCGGCCAAUCGAGUACUCUUCAUUUGAGGGAUUUGAAACCCAAACAGCCUGGGCGACGGGGCCGAUGUAUGGCAUAUCCUAUGUCCUUUCACGGGCUGGCGCCGAAGUGUCGGCCUACCCCGAUCGCGACUUCAAGAUCGAAGCCAAGAUCAAGGAUUCUGAGGAACAAAAGUGGAAGCAACCUGUGGUUGUCGUCAGCUGCAGGGAGCCAGAGACGGAGGGGUCGAACAAUGAUUCUCUGGCAUUUAAGUGGAUUGACGACGAUGCCUUUGGCGGUUUCAGCUUAACACUUGACCUAACUGAAGAAUCACUGGCAUCAUUCCGUGGCGAGGACGUCAAAUCCCAUUACGCCGCUCUUGACCUCCAAGAUCGUAUCGACAAACCGUUGAGUGCAUCAAUGUUACUCGCAGGACAACAGAAGGUGGAAUCAGGACCUACGAACGGCACUUUGGUCUAUAACCUCUGUCUAACCCAAGCUCGGUGGAUGGAGGCAGACAUUUGGGUCAACACAGGACAGGCAGUUGGUGCACAGACAGACUUGGGCAUCGACAAGAAAAAUAUCUCAAGCCACAUGAGAAAGACAUCCUCAUCUGAGAAUGUGAUCCAGAUGAGCAGUGGCUGGCUAGACCGGAUAGGCGCACAAAAUGCGACCGUAAGUGGAAACAAUAACGCAACAGAAAACCAGGCAUACAUUCAAAUCUACGAGGGUGCCAUGAGAUUCCUCAGCAAAGCUGGCAGCACCUCCACCGUCCGCGCCACUUUCCUACCAGAGAUGCUCUCCAUCUACUUUGUAGACGCUCUUACCGACCUGAAGGGAUGGAGUCUAUGGGACGAGGACGCUGAAGGGACCGACUCCAAUACAGCUCCAGGCGCCGACGACCAGGUCCUUGACUUCGCGUUUUCCUCGCACCUGUACGGUUACUUCCUCGGCGGGGGAUUCGUCUUGCCUCUCUCCAUGUCCAUCCUUGGUAUACAUGUUUUCAUUGUGGUAAUCCAUCAUUGCCUCCUCUUCUUCACCCCGAGGCCGUGGUUCAGCUCGCGGUGGGAGAGUUGGGGCGAGCUUGUGACGCUCGCGAUGCGUUCCAGGCCGCCACCGGAAUCAAGGAUGCGUAACAUUGGUGCAGGAGUUGGCAGUGCCGAAACUUGGGCCAUUCCUAUUGUAGUCCGAGACUUGGACAAUCAGGGGAAGUUGGAGAUGGUACUGAAGGAAGAUGUCGCGAGCGCCUUGGGGGUUGGGGAGGAUAUGGAGGCGCAUCCUUUGAUGGGACUUGUGAGGCCGGGUGUACAGUACGGCUGA